GCUAAACAUAUGUGUAGGUACCUACAUAAUACUACAUAAUUUAAGAAAUAAAAUAUUCUACAAGUUUAUUUAUAAAUUGUUUAACAUUGUUUUUUAUUCUAAUUAAAACAAGAUAGUCAUGUCGAAUCCUUGGAAAAAAGUGACAGCACCAGUAGAGGCGCAGAAGCUGUCGGAUAUCAUGUCUGAAGAAUUUGCAAGAGACCUUCAGGUUAGAGAAGAGAUAAAAUUUGCAGAACAUCUCUCUGAGCACCAUGUCGGCACCUCUAAUGAAGUUCCAGUUGAGUUGUUACAAGAAAUAGAAAGCUGCAACGCAAAGGAAUAUUGUGACUCUGACGCGAUUAUUGCAAAAGUUUUGCAAUGUCAGUUCGACAGAGAACACGAUGACGAAAUCAAACGCGUAGAGAAAAAACGUAAUGGAGAUGCUAAAGUAUCCGUUUCCUAUGAUAAUUACCGCAACGUACCAUCGCAUUUGAUUUACGACUCUGAAGACGACGAUGACUUUGAGGGCGAUAAGAAAGACUGGGAUCGCUUCGAAACAAACGAAAAGGAAUUCGCAAGCCUUCCGAAACGCGGAUUUAUCAUAAAAGAUGGAGCAAUGGUCACCAAACACGACAGUGUUAUCACUGGAAGGCGGAAUGCUUGUAAAGUUAUGGCAUUCCCUCCGGAAGUAUGCACUGGAGAUGGCGCUGGCUUCGAUAUGAAACUCUCCAAUUCUGUAUUUAAUCAUUUGAAAGAACAGACGAGAUAUCACAAUACACGUAAACAUAAAAUGUUGGACAGAAAGGAGAGUCAAGCUACAGCCGAAAUGGGCCUGGAUGAGCCUACUAGAUUGAUACUAUUCAAACUUAUUAACAAUGGGGUAUUAGAGGAUAUCAAUGGUGUCAUCUCAACAGGAAAGGAGUCUGUUGUUCUACAUGCUAAUGGUGACACAACUUAUCCUGACUUAGAUGUACCUAGAGAAUGUGCUAUUAAAGUCUUCAAAACAACUCUUAACGAGUUCAAAACUCGAGACAAAUACAUAGAAGCCGAUUAUAGAUUCAAAGAUCGCUUCUCGAAACAAAAUCCAAGAAAAAUUGUACACAUGUGGGCUGAGAAGGAGAUGCACAACAUGAUGCGCUUGCAGAAGAUAGGAUUGAACUGUCCGGAUAUGAUCUGCUUGAAGAAACAUAUACUUUUAAUGUCAUUUAUUGGGAAGGAUAACAAGCCAGCCCCCAAGCUAAGAGACAUAAUCUUAAGGUCAGAUAAAUGGCACAGUGUUUACAAUGAGGUUGUGGAGAGUAUGCAUAAAAUGUACAAUGUUGGUCAUCUGAUUCAUGCUGAUCUAUCAGAGUAUAACAUUCUCUGGUGGGAUAAUAAAUGCUGGUUUAUUGAUGUUUCUCAGUCUGUGCAACCUGACCACCCUAACGGGUUGGAGUUUUUACUUCGAGAUUGUCGUAAUAUUGUCAAUUUCUUUGAAAAAAAGGGGGUCUCACAUGUGCAAACUGCAGAAGAACUUUUUAAAUCAAUAACCGGCUUUAAUGAAGUUGAUGUGAACUUAUUGGAAGGAGUUCAUACCACAUACAAUUCUCUGGCAUGCCGAUUUGAAAUCGCCCCCGAUGAUAAUCGAAACGUUAGCUAUCCAUUUGAAUAUUGUUGGCAGAAAACCAAUGAAGAGAAAGCUAAAAGUGAUAAAAGUGAUGAUAAUGAAGAAGAUGAAUUUGAGGAAAUGUGGAAUCAUGCUGCCAAAAGUAAAACUGUUGAUAGUGCUGCCAAUUUUGGUAAUGAAGUCAAGAUUGACAAUGAAAUAACUUCAACAGCUUCUAAAACCUCUGAUUGUAGAGAUAUUAUCGAUGAUGAAUCAUGUUUUGGUAAUGAAUUUAAGGGUACUAUACCCACAAAUUCAGACGGAGACACCUCUAGUAGUAGAGUAGAGAAAAAGUCUUAAUAAUAACUAAAGCGGAAUUAUGGAAAUGAUUGACAAAUAAAUAGGUGUCUCGGAAUAUGACAAAAUAAAAGAGUAGUCAAUGUGGCUGAAUCUUGUCUAAUUAGCAAGAAUAAAUGAAAAAAUACUAUUUUAA